AUGCGGGGAAAUAGCGCGAAGCUUACCCACCUCGUCCUCGUCCUACCUUACCUCGCCCAACUCUUCAUUCCUUACCUCGCCAUCCCCAACGGCCAACAGGUAGCCUCAGUCAUUCCGAGAUACACAUUGCGAAGUAUCGUGACCAGUAUUGAGCGUGACUGCAUAUCCCGAGUAUGCCGUGAUCAAAGGCCUCGUGAUGAGACUUCCCCUACCCAUUGCGCCUUCACGAAAAAGCCUCCGUCUCACAGCUCACAAAUACGCCCAAAACCACGGGUCAUAUCACUGUACCAAGAAUCCAUCACAAACAAAUCUCACCGUCUAGAAAACACCCCUCCUAUAUCGGCCUCACCUCACUGCCCUCAAUUAGUCAUCCCCAGGCUCCCAGCACCUGCACAACCUCAAAAAAAGUGA